AUGGCUCCAGUAUCGGAUACCACUGCCACGGAUAUCAAUCUUUUGGCCAGAUUUUUGAGUGAUGCCCAACUGCAAGGCCUAUCACCCGCGUCUUGCAAUCCGGUCGACUGUAUCGUCAUUUGUGCCUCAGCUGUUCUCGGCCAAGCUGAUGCCCUCUUCGCCGCACUUGCUGAGCGACCAUCACUCGCAAAGUACCUCGUAUUAUGCGGGGGUGUUGGCCAUUCGACGGAAUUAUUGUAUGAGGCAGUUCGAUCCCACGAACGAUAUUCAAAGAUCUACGAUGAAAUCCAGGGACUACCCGAAGCGAGGGUCCUCGAGCAUAUUUUGAACACUUUCUUCGAUCAAGCAGCGAUCACAGCUGGGGGAUGCCGGAUUCUCAUCGAGGAUCGAUCUACGAAUUGUGGACAAAAUGCUUCUUUCACCCGGAAGGUCCUCGACGAUGCGGGAGUCCAAGAUUUGAAGACUUGUGUCAUCGUUCAAGAUCCUACUAUGAUGUUGAGGACGAGGGCUACCUUUGAGAGAACCUACGAGGAUGCAUUGUGCAACGUGUCGUUUACCAGCUGCCCUGUAAUCGUACCACGGGUCGAGCUGGAUUCAAAUGGUUCUUUGGUCUAUAGUUCAAGUGUAGAUUGCUCUGCUGGUAUUUGGACACAGCAACGGUUUCUUGAUCUUAUUCUGGGGGAAAUCCCUCGAGUGAGAGACGAUGAGCAUGGUUAUGGCCCAAAGGGACGAGGAUUUAUCUCCCAUGUUGAUAUACCCGAGGCGGUUGAAGAGGCAUGGCUUCGUCUCGUGAAUACUGUAGGCAAUUCAAGGCAGAUGAGAUAG